UGAGUGCUGGGUCUCUUUUAUAGGUCUCGGCGGAGUCAGUUGUCCACCACAGCCCCACGCCAGGUCCAAGAUUUGUCGGUGAAAAGUUGCUUUUCAAAGGAAGUUCGGAUUCAACCGUCACCGAGUUGACGAAAACAGCCGAGUGUCGCCCGAGCUCGGGUCAGACGGGAACAACAUGGCGGCGGGAGAGGCGCUAGCACCAGGUCCAGACGCUGUCUGAAGGACUUAGGACCGGCCAGCAUGAACCUCUGCGCCCACUAUCUACGCCAGGCAGAGGCCCUGAAGGCUGACAUGACUGACUCAAAGUUGGGUGCAGCAGAGGUGUGGACGUCGCGGCAGGCCCUGCAGGAUCUCUACCAAAAGAUGCUGGUCACAGACCUGGAGUACGCCUUGGACAAAAAGGUGGAGCAGGACCUGUGGAACCACGCAUUCAAGAACCAGAUCACCACUCUGCAGAGCCAAGCCAAGAACCGCGCCAAUCCCAAUCGCAGUGAGGUCCAGGCUAACCUGUCGCUGUUCCUGGAGGCGGCCAGUGGCUUCUACACUCAGCUCCUGCAGGAACUCUGCACCGUCUUCAACGUCAACCUGCCCUGUCGGGUCAAGUCCACCCAGCUGGGCAUCAUCAAUGAUAGACACAAGGGCGGCGACGCCAUCGUCACACCACAACCCAGCUCCUGCUCCUACAUCUGCCAGCACUGCCUGGUCCACCUGGGGGACAUUGCCCGUUAUCGCAACCAAACAAGCCAGGCGGAGUCAUACUACCGUCACGCAGCACAGCUUGUGCCGUCUAAUGGUCAACCGUACAAUCAGCUGGCCAUCUUGGCCUCAUCAAAGGGAGACCACCUGACCACCAUCUUCUACUAUUGCCGCAGCAUUGCUGUCAAGUUUCCGUUCCCAGCAGCAUCCACCAACCUGCAGAAGGCGCUGAGCAAAGCACUGGAGAGCCGGGACGAGGUGAAGAUUAAAUGGAGUGUGUCUGACUUCAUCAAGGCCUUCAUCAAGUUCCAUGGUCACGUUUAUCUGUGUAAAAGUGUCGACAAGCUGGAGCCCCUGAGAGAGAGGCUGGAGGAGCACUUCCAGAGGCUGAUCCUCCAGAGAGCCUUCACCUCUCAGCAGCUGGUUCACAUCACCGUCAUCAACCUGUUUGAGCUGCAUCACCUGAGAGACUGGACGUUGGACGACAGCGAGCAGCAGCUGAGUGAAGAUCAGCUGACCAGCUGCUCCCAGUUACUGGGACUAUUCAUGGCCUUCCUGGGCAUCAUGUGCACGCGAGUGCUGCUCAACAAGAAACACGGGGAGGACGAGACGGCUGAAUGUCCUCUACCUGCCAUUAAGGUGUCCCUGGAUUGGCUGAGGCUGAGACCGAGCGUCUUUCAGGAAGCUGCAGUGGACCAGAACCAGCAUAUCUGGCCCUGGCUGGUCUCUGUCCUCAACCUCUUCCAACUUCAAGACCCCCAAGAGUCCAACACCCCAGUGACCCCACUGCCAGAGGAGUUUGAGCUGCAGGGCUUCCUGGCGCUGCGACCUUCUGUCAGGCCUCUGGAUUUCACCAAGGGGCACCAGAGCAUGCUGGCUGAGCGAGACCUUCCACCCAUCCAUAGAUACCAGAGACUUGUCAGCCUGGGAAAGUGGGUGGCUGAUAACCAUCCAGGAUUGAUCCAGUGCCACGUGAGUGAGGACGGCAUGCUUGUCUUCAUCACAGACAUUCCUGAGCAGGAUAUCAAGGAGCCACAGGAGGUGCCUGUGCUGCAGGACUCUUCUAAUGGAGAGCAGCUCUCCAGUGAUGCAGUGAAUGGCGGUUUGAAAUCGGUGCUGUCAGUGGGAAAGACUCAGAGCUCCUGGUCGGACAACAUUGAGCGGCCUGUUGUCACCUUCAAGGAAAACAUCCAACCUCCAGAAAUGUGUCGCGAUCUGACACGGAACCAGCACGUGAAGGAUGUCUUCAAGGAGCGCCCCGAGCUCACCAAAGCCAACGGGGGCUCUGGGAAAGUGGACGGGAAAAAAGAUGGCAAGAGGAAGAGUGAGCCCAAGAAAGGCGUACAGGAGAAGGUCCCUGAUGUUGGCAAGCAGACAAAGUCGCAGGUGGAAUUGAGGAAGACCCCUGUGUCUGAGGCCAAGAAAACACCCACCACUCAAACUCAGACCACAUGCUCGUCUCAGUUCAUCCCCAUCCACCAUCCUGGAGCCUUCCCGCCUCUGCCCAGCAGACCUGGUUUCCCUCCCUCAGCUUAUGUCAUCCCUCCUGCGGUGGCAUUUCCAGGGCUCCAGGUAAAUCCAGGCUUCACCUUCACCCCUGGCGUCUCUGGACCCUUCCUCCAGCCUGCGGUACACAACCAGACUGGCAGCCUGCCACCAGCUGGAAAACAGUCCCCCAUUCCCUACAGCCAACAGAGACCUUCUGGGCCGGGCCAGGCUUCUGGUACCAUGAGCCAAGGUCCAAUGCAGAUGUCAAUAAACCAGGACCACGGACCAGGGCCCCUAAACCAAGUCCGGUUACCAGGGUCCUUGAAUCAGCAGCAUCAGUCUCCCACCAAACCUCCUGGGGGGCUUGCCAAGAGUCCACCUCACCACCCGGGACUGCAGCAGUUCAUGCCGGUCCCGGAGCAGCAGAUGUGGGGUCCUGCUCCGGCCUCACUGCCGAAGAUGGGCUCCCUGCCGAUGAAGCAGCAGCAGCAGACCUUCUACAUGUCCUCGCAGGAGCCACUCAAGUUGUUUGAGCACCAGCUGCAGCCUCCACUGAGCGGCAUGGACAAGAAGAUCAAGUUCCCAGACAUGAAGAUGCAGGAGUUCUACUGGGAGCCCUCGUUCAGGAUGCCUGACCGGAUGAAGCGAGCCCCGCCGGGUAACAUGGGCUCGGACCAGGACUCUGUCCCAGGACCACGAGGUGGAGCUUUCGAGGACACCAAGAGUUCGCCUCUUCUGCCUCCUGACCUGUUAAAAACUCUGGCAAACUUUGAGGAGGAGGAGGAGCUGGCUUUUUCUAAACCUCCUGACUUCUUCCAGGCCCUGGCUACUCCUCUCAGUUCCUCUUCUGGACCAACCAUGUUUCUGCCCUCCCAGUCCAGGAUGGAGAGUUCUGACAUCAUGAAUCAGCAAUCUUCCCUCCUGACGCUCUCAGGCUUCCCCGUCCAGGACUACCCGAACCAGAACAGCAUCUUCAGCCAAGCCUAUGGAAAAAACCUUCCCUCCAGUUCCAAACCAGAUGCAGCAAUGAUGCACCAGGAGCUGUCGCUUUACUCUCUGUUUGAGGGGAAGCCCUGGUCGCCCUCCCUUCCUGCCAACUCAGACCACUCGACCCCAGCCAGCCAAUCCCCGCACUCUUCCAACCCCAGCAGCCUGCCUUCCUCACCCCCGACUCACAACCACGGAGCGCCACCUUUCUCCAACUUUGGGCCCAUCGGGACGCCGGAUAGUCGUGACCGAAGGCUGCUGGAUCGCUGGAAGGCAGAAAAGAACGCGGUCAGCACUGGUGGGGGAUUUGGUCUGGACUACUUGCCAGCUCCGUCAACGACCUCUGACUCCAACUGGCAUCAGGCGGGGCCCCCUGGCAGCUCCUGGACCAGCCAAGAGUCACCGAUGGAGGAGUCCCCAUCGACAGUGCUGAUGGACAGCCUGAAGUCCAUCUGGUCCAGCUCCAUGAUGCAGCCGGGGCCUUCAGCGCUGGAGCAGCUGCUGCUGCAGCAGCAGAAGCUGAAGCAGCAGCGCGGCCACAUGUCCAUGAACCCGCCGCACUGAACUGCCGCGUGUGCGGCACGUUGGUUCCAGAUGACUACAAACCACCAAGAAAAACCGAGGGAAAGGAUCACUCGAAGUUCUUGACGAAGCUCCAAUUCAGACAGCAGAUUAAAGAAUGGGUGGAGGCUGGGGCGGCACUGUGACCCCCCCCACCUCGAGGGCUGAGACACCCCCCCUCGCUGUUGAGGAGUGGCAGAGCUCCUCUCUGUCGGAGGGUGAGGUGCGCACAUCACAGGCGUGUUGAGCCUAUGAGGAACAAACGCUGCUGCUAGAAGCUCCGCCUACCGAACGGGCCGACACGCCCACUAACUUGUUCCUUCAAUUACAAAAAAAAAAAAAAAUUGGCAGUGACCUCCAAGUGGUUUUCAGAGUCUCUACUACAGACAGUCUUGAUCUGAGAAGAAGUUUUGUGUGACGCCACAGCCUGGUGAGUUCUGACAGGGCGGGAGAUCUUUGGUUUGACAGUAGACGCGAUGGCUGCAUCAUGGUGACCAUGAUGCAUUUAAUGACAUGAUGGCACGCAGCUUGUUGACGUCACCCGUCAGUGGGUCAGUUCUGCUAGUUAGUUCACUGCCUGAGGUGAAGACGACAGGUUCUCAGCGCGAACUGAUGUUUCCUCAGCUUCCUGUGUCUUGUUUGUUCUGGUUCAUUUGACGCGCUGCCUCUAAAGUGUCACUUCCUGUUUCACUCGUUUGAUCGUUGGAAGCUUCCUGUCUGGCUGCUCACUUUGACCUGGCUUUGACCUCAGUCAUCGCCUGCUCCGGCCGAGUCCACCGAUGAAGUCCUCACGCACCCACACACACACACACACAUACGAGCAGCGAGGAUUCUUCAGCGUGCGCAAUAUGGGACACUUGUCAACUCAGCCGUGUCUGGAGUGAAAAUAAAUCCUGAAUCAUUAGUGGACUUUGCUGGACGUCUUGAUCACUGAUUAGUUUCUCUGUCCGACCUCCAGAUGCUGUCUGACACCUCUGAACAGGUUCUACAGUGUUCUGGUGAUUGUGCUUCUCUUGUGUCGAUGUUUCACUUCAAAUAAAGUUCAUAUUUUAACGA